AACCCCUUCACUUUUUGGACCGGUACAUCAUCUAUACAAAGAUAACAAAAACAAACUACAAUCAAUGACAGAUAAUGAUGACUCGAUAUUUGCACAGGUUUUCCCCUUUGUUCCUUGAUCGUUUAAGCUUGCAUUAUUGCUUCUUUGGCCUAUUUUACGCUAGGUUGUGUUCCUUUGUCACAUUUCAGGUCCUAGCACAUAAAGUGAAGCAUAGGCGCAAGUUUCAA